AUGGCUCUCCAACCCUCUUUGCGACCUCAAAUCAUUCUCGGCAACCCCGAUGCGCCACACAGUCUGGACAUCUUCUUGGACUAUGUGUGCCCAUUCAGCGCGAAGAUGGCCUUCAAGAUCGACAGCAUUCUCAAGCCCUUGAUCACUGAAGGCGGGCCGUAUGAAGGCCAAUUGAAGGUCAUCUUCAGAUUGCAUGUCCAGCCGUGGCAUUCGACGUCGACUUUGACCAAUGAAGCAGGUCUCGCAGUGCUUCAUGCAUCCCCCGAGACUUUCUGGAAGUUCAGCCUUUCGCUAUUUAAACACCAAGCAGACUAUUUCGAUGUCCCGACCCAGGACUUGACGACUCGCCAGAUCCGAGAAAAGCUUGCCGAACUUGCUGCUAAGACCCUACCCGCCGACGCCGUUGCGCGCUUCAAAGACCUCCUCGCGUUCAAAGGAGCUGCGAACGGCGGAAAUGCGGUCACAGAUGAUCUCAAGUACAACAUUAAGUUCGGCAGGCAGAACAGCAUUCACGUUUCCCCAUCGGUCCUCCUGGAUGGACUCUAUCAGAGCCAGAUCGAGAGCUCAUGGGAAGAGAUCCAGUGGAAGGACUUCCUCGCGAACAAGAUUGUAGUCUAA